UAUGAUUAUCUGUAAAAUCUCAGAGCGGGUAGAAAGUGUCGCUCCCCCAAUCCGCGACUAAAGAGGGGAUGAAAUCUUUUCGUAUUGAAUUUUUAAACAUCAUCACUCAGUAAUACUGUGCUCUUUCCAGAAGGACCACAUGUUCUCAUCCAGAGAUGAGUUGACGGCAAGGGUGAGCAAUGUCACAGAAUUCAUCCUACUGGGGCUGACCCAGAAUCCAGAACUGCAGAAACUCUUAUUUGGUGUUUUGUUAACCACCUACUUGAUCACAUUGGCAGGCAACCUGCUCAUCUCAGUCACCAUCUUCAUCAGCCCAGCCCUGGCUUCUCCCAUGUACUUCUUUCUGUCCUAUUUGUCCCUUAUAGAUGUGUUCUACUCUUCUUCCAUCGCACCCAAAAUGAUCUUUGACCUGAUCUCUGGAACAAACACCGUAUCCUUCAAGGGCUGCAUGACCCAGCUCUUUGCUGAACAUUUCUUUGCUGGAUCUGAGAUCAUCAUGUUGAUUGUCAUGGCCUAUGACCGCUAUGUAGCCAUCUGUAAGCCCUUGCACUACAUGACCAUCAUGAGCCCACCUGUGCGUGCAUUUCUGGUCGGAAUGGCUGGGGCCUUAGGGUUUAUUCACGGAGGGAUCCAGGUUUUGUUCAUGGUCCAGUUACCAUUCUGUGGCCCCAAUGUCAUUGAUCAUUUCAUGUGUGAUUUAAUCCCUCUCCUGGAGCUAGCCUGCACAGACACGCACACCUUGGGGCCCCUGAUUGCUGCCAACAGUGGGCCCCUGUGUUUGGUAAUCUUUUGCAUGCUGGUUGCUUCCUAUGGUGCCAUCCUGAGGUCCCUGAGGACUCAUAGCUCUGAAGGGCGUCGCAAGGCUCUGUCUACCUGCGCCUCUCAUGUCACAGUUGUUAUCUUGUUCUUUGUACCAUGUUCAUUCCUGUACUUGAGACCCAUGACCUCCUUCCCCACUGACAAAGUUGUGACUGUGUUUUGCACCAUAGUAACCCCCAUGCUGAACCCUUUAAUCUAUACGCUCAGAAAUGCAGAAGUGAAGGAUGUCUUUAAAAAACUCUGGGGACAAAUAAUGAAAACAGGUGGUAAAUAAAUCUUGUGUGGGGUACGAAGAAAAAAAAUCUUGCGGUAUUUCAUGGUGAUUUAUUCCUGUUCUUAGUUGAUCAACUUGGGAGUAUUAUCCUAUCUGGAUCAAUUUUCUUUAAGACCCCAUAUAUU